AUUUUCAUAUUUUUUAGGUACCUUUUUGUGCGAAUAGUAGUUCUCUUGUACCUAACUCCGUAGUAAUUGAUUGUCAAGGGGCAGUUGGAUAUCUGGCAGUAUAUCGUAUUUGCUUCAUUCUAACAUGUUUUUUUGCUCUCAUGGCUUUGAUGAUGAUUGGAGUGAAAAGUUCUAAAGAUCCAAGAAGUGGUAUUCAAAAUGGAUUUUGGGGCUUGAAAUAUCUUCUGGUCAUCGGUGGAAUCAUUGGAUCCUUUUUUAUUCCAGAAGGUUCAUUUGGUCCGACUUGGAUGUAUUUUGGAAUGGUAGGUGGCUUUGCAUUCAUCUUGAUACAACUGAUUUUGAUUGUGGACUUUGCUCAUUCAUGGGCCGAGGCUUGGGUUGGAAACUAUGAAGAAACAGAAUCAAAAGGAUGGUAUUUUGCCCUCAUUGGUAUGACUGUACUCAACUAUGCUUUGAGUAUCACAGGAAUUGUUCUUCUCUAUGUGUUCUUCACUAAGUCUGGUGGAUGUGAUCUGAACAAAUUCUUCAUUUCCAUCAAUCUCAUAUUUUGUGUUUUGGUGAGUAUAAUAGCGAUUUUGCCAGCCGUUCAGGAAAAGCUGCCACGUUCAGGUCUGUUACAAUCUUCAGUGGUGUCUCUAUAUGUGAUGUAUCUCACGUGGUCUGCUGUUGCUAACUCUGCAAAAGAAUGCAAUCCUGGUCUAUGGGGUAUAUUUGGAAAAAAGUCUUCUGGAGAUAACACUUCUUAUGAUAUCAUUGGCUUGGUAAUCUGGAUGUGCUGUGUUUUAUAUUCAUCUCUGCGAUCUGCUAGUAAAUCAUCCAAAAUAACAAUGUCUGAAAAUAUGCUGACCAAAGAUAAUGGAGCAGUAAGAGGCUACGGAUCCGACUCUUUGGUCGAGAAUGAAG